ACUUAAACUGUGAAAAUGGAUAGAGAUUGAGCAAAGUUCAACUGCACUACUCCAGAUCCACCACUGAAUCACCUACAUUCAGCAACCACUCACAUCCCUCUCAUAUCCAUGUGGGAAGAAUGUAGGAAAAAAAAGAGAAAAAAUCCUUGACAGUCUCAUCCUAAAAAUGGGGUCUCUGAAGUUCAUUCAUUAGCCAUGUGGUCACUGAAUCAUUUUUGAUCGUCUCUUCUCUGACCACAUGGUUGUACCCUGUUGGUUAGCAUCCUACCUCUAUGUUCAUUCCAAACUGACACACUGCCCAAAGCAGGAGCUAUGUAAGAGCUGCCAGAUCCUCCCCAGAUUAUUAACCUCAAAGGCAGAAACUGCAAGAUUUUCCAGCAUGUUGGAAAACCUUCAACAUUACAUGUGGUGUAGUCCCAAAAGCCAAACUGGCAUAGAACUCUUUUAUUAGAGGGAGAAAAAUGUUUCAAACAGAAGUUGUGGAGAAAAAGGAAACACCUCCAUCUGUCUUAAACUCUUCAAGAUACUCAAAAGUUAUUUUCUGCUGUCAUAUAACAUAAGAACUGGUGGACUAAUUUUGAUCAAAUUUUCCAUCAGAGGUCCUUGCACAGAUUUCUUGAACAUCCUCCUGUUUCAUAUAAAUUUAUGCAGUAUAAAUGGCAUUUUGCAUAAAUCCAAAUAAAGAUGUGAAGACAGAAGGUUAACACUUCCUUUUGUAAUUUCAUGCUUUUUCUACACAAAAAUUUCAGUGUCCUUACAGCCCAAUGGAAACAAACUUUGUAACAUUAAUGUAUUACACCAUUUCUACACAACAGCUGUUAUAAAACUUAGAAUUCAAAUUAUUAAAUAAUUUGAAUUCAUACAAGUAGGGCCAAGAAUUUUUUUGUUCACCCUGUGAUUUCUGUUCUAGGUGUUUCUUAACUGUAUUAGAUGUCUCAAAUAUUAUUAUGUUGGUGAGUUUGAAGAGACAUGUCUUCAGAUAUCAUUAAAUUUGAAAAAUCAUUGCAGCAAAGGCUCAGUGAGUAUAUGGAUAUUUUGGGUGCAAGAGGUAAUUUACCAGUGUCUGGAAUUGAAAAUGAGUGGUAUUACUAUGUUGAAAAUGUACUGGAACCAGCAGGUUGGCAGGCAAUUUGGAAAAUUUCACGACAGAAGUGUGAAGAAUUUAAGAUCCAGUUUCCUACACUUGUUGUUGUAAUGGUAAGGAAUGUGAAUUUUGAAGAGUUGCGAGCUGUUGUUGAUAUUGUGGCUGUGCAAGAUGAUAUCAGUCUGCCGGAACAACAUGAGGUUCCCUUGACAUCGCUGUACCCCACAAAGAAACAGGAAAACGAAAUACUUGAUGUUCAUGGCACAGCAGACUGCUUAGACCAGCUCAGAUUUUUCUACAAUCAUCUCUGGCGGCCAUGGGACUGUGAUGAUGAAAACCAGGAUUGGCUCUCUACUCAUCUUGAAGCUAGACUCCAGCUGUAUUAUGACAUGCAGUCAGGUAUAGUGUUACAUGAAACUGGGCAGCAUAUUCGUUUAUUACUGCAGGAAGCAAGAGAGAUUGAACAGAAUAUUCAAGCUACACAAGAAGAAGCUGACACAGAUGAAGUAGAUGAAAACAGUGCUCUGACAAUGAUGGAGCUGCAGAUCCGACGAGAGGAAAUCAAAAGAGAAAUUGAGAUUUUAGAAAAUCCAUUAAUGAGGAAUCUUGUAGUAAAGAAAAAAUAUGAAGUUGUACAAGCAAAGAAACAAAAAAGAGAGCACUCAAAGGAAGUAUGUUUUGUGUGGCUUGGUGGUACAAUAGAUGAAUUUAUUAAUACACUGACAAAAGCCAGAAGCUUUAUUCAACCUGAAGCAUACAUCAAGACAUGUCCACUCCUGCAGGAAGCUUUGGAUCAAGCUAUUGCUGGGGACACUGUGAUACUGUGUCCAGGGCUUCAUGAUGUUAGCAGUACUGGUGGCCUUGAGGAAGGAGGCAACAUUAUGGGAUUCCUUGAACCAUCUGUCACAACAAUUGUGGCACAUAAUGCAGGAAACGUACUGCUUGAUUGGUCGUCAGAUGUGACGCUGGAAAACCUAACAAUUAAUGCCCAUUCAGUGCAGAUUGCACUGUCUGUCCGAAAUGGAGUAGUGCGAUUGAGGAAUUGUCAGGUCCGGGGCAGCAGUACAAAUGGUACUGGAAUUCUUGUGUUGAAAGGUGGCCGCUUAGAGGCACAAAGUUGUGAAUUUGUUCAUUUUGGGAUAGGUCUUGUGCUUGAUCAUGCUGCACAGGUGUCCUUGGAAGACUGUACUAUCACAUCUUGCAACACAGGAAUAAAGAUGUGUGAGGAUGCAAGUGUUAUGCUGAAGAGGUGUAGUGUGUCGGGUUGCUCAGAGUAUGGUAUCAGAAUCGAGAUUUCACAGCAGCCUAACAAUGAAAUGGACAAUCGACAAGUGGGAUCGGUCAUUAUGUUAGAAAGUUUUACGAAUAUCAGACUAGAUGCAACUACAGUUGAAGGAAACAGGAAAGGGGACGUGUUGAAAAUACAGCAUCAAGACAGCAUCCUAUAUGAGUCUGGUGGUUCUGAAUGCAUUUCUCCUGAGGUUAAGGUUGAAGCUGAGGCUAACAUUGCCAUAUGACUCAGUGUCACGGUCUGCAUAUAGAAUGACUGAUACAAAAUAUAAAUGUAUAUGCUGUUUCAGUAUGUUGUGAUUUGUAUAAAUUAAUUCUUGUUCAAAACAGCACACAUUUUUAACACUACCAAGAUAUUAUAUGUGUGUUUGUAUAAUUCAAAGUUUUUUAUUGGUAUGCAUACUGAAAUCCUUAUUGUUUUAUGUGUCCAUUUGAAAUUAAAAGUACA